AUGUUCCCUUUCUCCUCCCUGCAAGUCGAGUAUAGCAAUUUUCACCGUUCAUCGCAAAUCAUGUCGAACGCCCUGAGCAUGAGCAACUCCGGCUUUCCACACUCGUGGAUCGUCUCCGGGCAGGACUUUUGCCCGAUAACGUACUCAUCGAUUCAGGGCCACAAUUCGGGGGUCUCGAGUAAUCUCGCAACGGUUGAGCCGGGCCUGAUCGAGCUGCGGAAGGAGAAAUCCCGUGAUGCCGCACGGUCGCGGCGCGGCAAGGAGAACUACGAGUUUUACGAGCUGGCGAAGAUGUUACCGCUGCCGGCAGCGAUCACCAGCCAGCUGGACAAGGCGUCCAUCAUACGGCUCACGAUCAGCUACCUCAAGCUGAAGGAGUUCAGCGAGAACGGUGUACCGUCCUGGUGCAAGGACCCGAUCGGCUUCCAGAACUACAACGCACCGCAGUACUUCAACGAGAUGUUCGAAACGCAUCUCGGCACCCACAUCCUGCAGUCGUUGGACGGGUUCGCCAUCUCCACCGGUGUGGACGGCCGGUUCCUCUACAUCUCCGAGACGGUCUCGAUCUACCUCGGCCUGUCGCAGGUGGAGAUGACCGGCAGCAGCAUCUUCGACUACGUGCACAAGAACGACCACGCGGAGGUGGAGCAACAGCUCGGCAUCAAGAAGGGUGCGGAGUAUGCGAGCUACGGUGGGUACGGUGAUGACCCACCGGCCGAGAAGGCAACCGUGCUGAAGCUCGGCAAGGAUGCGCCGGGCGGUAAGGGUCUGCUGCCGGGCGAAUCGUACGAAGGGGACGACCGGGCGUUUUGCAUCCGGAUGAAGUCGACACUGACCAAGCGCGGCUGCCACUUCAAGUCGUCCGGCUAUCGGGUCAUACUGCUGCUCUGUCACCUGCGCAAGAAGGGCGCAGGACAGGAGGAUGCGCACACCGACAAGCAGACGGUGAUCGGGAUGGUCGGUAUCGGGAUCGCACUGCCACCACCGUCCCUGCACGAGAUCAAGCUCGAGUCGGACAUGUUCGUCUUCCGGACCAGCCUCGACCUGACGAUCAUCCACUGCGAGAACAGGAUUUCCAGUUUUCUGGACUACACCGCCGACGAGCUGAACGGGAAGAGCGUCUACAGUCUCUGCCACGGGCAGGAUGCGCACAAGCUGAAGAAGAGCCACAGUGAGCUGAUCCAGAAGGGCCAGGUACUGACACCGUUCUAUCGCAUCCUCAACAAGAAUGCGGGAUACUUCUGGAUCCAGUCCUGCUGCACGAUGGUGUGCCAGACGAAGAACAUGAGUGACCAGACGGUGAUCUGCGUCAACUACAUCAUCACCAAGCCAGAAAAGGAGAACCUCAUCCUGGACAUCUCCCAGAUCCCCUCGGCGGCGGGCGUACUCGGCGACUACCAUGCGAAACCACUCCCGACCGGCGCUGGGUCCGGUGCCAAAAAGUCCGGACAGCCAGGCGGACCAUCCGACUACGAGCUCGAGACCGGUGGCGUAACCCAUCCCCAUGCCCACCAUCACUCCGGCGCGGACGGCUACCAUCUUGAUGGUGGUGCCUCGCACGUCGACCACAAGGUGGACCUGCUGGAGAAGUCCGGCCUCGGGAAGGGUGGACUGGCGAUGGCGUACGGUACCACCACCGACAAGAAGGAUCUCGACUACAAGGACAAGCUACUCGAGCGUGAGAAAGGCUGCAGUAACAGUAAGCACCAGCGUCUCAAGAGUGGUAGCCCGAUGCUAAAUCACCCGAACGAGAACGGCACGCUGGAGAAGAAGUCGUCCGGUGGUAAGAAGAGCGUCAACAAUCGGGCCAGCGUCAUCCGGGUGUUAAGCAAACCGUCGAAGAAGGUGCUGCAGGAGUCGCACUAG